AUGGACGUCGCGUUUUUCCGCUCGUUUUUUGGAGGGCACGCGAGGAUCACGCCAGCAGGUGACAACUACUCGAAGGACUCCCCGGUCAUCGUCGCAGAACUAAACAACUCCCAAGCCGGAGAUGUGUUUGGGGUUAGCAAAGUCAAGAAUGGGAACCGCAUGGUGACGCUGCACCUACAGAGCAUGGUGGUGGUAUUCUAUCCAGCAACGGGAAAAGCCAAUGCGUGGUUGACUGUGUGA